AUGGCUAUCACCAUCACCCUCGGUCCCAAUGGCCAAUAUCAAGUCAACGGUGAUGCAAAUCAACUUGACCCAAACCUAGACUUGGUGCCCAUUACUGGAGCUACAAAGCUCCGUAGAAUGCUGAAUGAGACGGACGAGUUGAUUGUCUGUCCAGGAGUCUAUGAUGGCUUGUCGGCUCGUAUCGCUUUGCAACUGGGCUUCAGUGCCAUGUACAUGACUGGUGCAGGUACCACCGCUUCACGACUGGGCAUGGCCGACUUGGGUCUUGCUCAGCUUCAUGAUAUGAAGACCAACGCCGAGAUGAUUGCGAAUCUUGACCCAUACGGCCCACCCCUCAUUGCUGAUAUGGAUACUGGCUAUGGUGGGCCCCUCAUGGUUGCCAAGUCUGUCCAACAAUACAUCCAAGCUGGUGUGGCCGGAUUUCAUAUCGAAGACCAAGUCCUCAGCAAACGUUGCGGCCAUCUCGCUGGGAAAAAAGUCGUCAACAGAGAGGAAUACCUCAUGCGUAUCCGUGCCGCAAAGUCCACCAUCAACCGUCUGCACUCAGAUAUCGUUCUCAUUGCUCGCACAGACGCCCUACAACAACAUGGUUACGAAGAGUGUAUUGCUCGUCUCAAAGCAGCGCGUGACCUGGGAGCUGAUGUAGGUCUGUUGGAAGGCUUCACCUCCAAGGAGCAGGCGCGUCAGGCUGUUCAAGACCUAGCUCCUUGGCCAUUGCUACUCAAUAUGGUUGAGAAUGGUGCAGGUCCCGUCAUCACGACCUUCGAGGCUAAAGAAAUGGGAUUCAGAAUUAACAUCUUCUCUUUUGCCUCCUUAGCUCCGGCUUAUCUUGGCAUUAAGGCUGCCCUGGAGAGGCUUAAGACAGAUGGUGUCGUUGGAACACCGGAAGGUCUAGGACCCAGGAAAUUGUUUGAAGUUUGUGGACUUUCCGAGUCUAUGAAGAUUGAUGCCGAGGCUGGUAAUUCGGCUUUUGUGAAUGGUGUUUGA